AUGUCAUCUGGGGAACAAUUUGUAACGUCAUCUCCUCCCAUCGUGUAUCCCACCAUCUCCAUGGCGGGAGUAAAUGAGAAUUCGCAUAAUACAAACUUAGCCACUUUCGGCUUCUACGACAACAACAUUGAAUUAACUCAUGACGAAACAGAGGCGUUUCGUCACAUCCGAAACAUCGUUGGUCACGGCUCUCUCACUACUGGCUUUAUGCCGGCACUUUCUGGGACUAGUUUCAGCACAGAGGCACCUGUCGAAGAACAAUCUGUUGCCUCGUACAGCGUGUCUGGAGGAUAUAUUUCGGCUCGUUAG